AACCCUCUUAUGCAACGAGGCACAUUCAUGCGCCAUAACAGUUUGCCGCCACGGUCUGGAAAGGCGAACGUGGAGCGCGGUGUUGGAGUACAGCAUUUAGCGUUUAUUUAAAGUAGGAAACGUAGUUAUUUUGUGUGAAAUACGUGUUUGGUUAUUUAUAGGAGCAUACAUUUGUUUCAGGCUACAGAAGAAGAGGGAGAAGGAGAUCCAGAGAGCCCUACGUUCACCGUCGUUUGAACGGGGACUCUAGUAGGCCGCAUUAGCUAACACGAUCACCGACAUCAUGGCCGACGACUUUGACAUCGAAGCAAUGCUUGAGGCGCCAUUUAAAAAGACAUGCCUAUAUCUCACCUCUACUCCCAUGAAUUCCAGUGUGAACUGUCAAAAAAAUGAAGGUAGUAAUUGCCCCAUAUAUUGAUGUACUGUGGUACCCUUGGUUGAAAACACAUAGGCUGAAUGAUAUUGGUGCCGACAAAAAUAAAUGCAGUGGAUGCACAUGAAAUUAAGUGCUGGUAUGAAGUCUUUGGAGACUAUUCACGCUUUUAAAUGCAUGGUAUUUUUUAGCAGCUAUCCUCAUGAUUUUUCAGUAUGUUAGUUACUGAAAGGUUACUGUAGUCUGCAUGUCUUAUAGAGUAAUACUGUAGUAAACGUCUGAUUUUUGUUGAUGUAAACUUACAUUGGCCUAAUUGUUAAAAUUCUCAUUACAGAUAUUCUGGAGUGGGCUUACAAGCUAUUCCACAUAGUUUUCAUGUUUUACAUGGGAUUGGAAUUGAACAAAGAUGAACAUAAAUUAUAACCAGGAGGUUAUCAAUACUGACACAUUUUAAGGGAAAUUCAUCACUUCAUGCAUUAAGCAUUAUGCAUGCAGUUGACUUUCAUAUCAGUGAUAUGUGGUUGUUUCUUUGGUCUUACUGACAGGAAAUGAUGGCUCUCUACACAAUGCAAGAUAGUUUUGUCAUUUUUCUACUGAAUACAGAUGGCCACUUUUGUUUUAAAAAACUUAUGCUGAUCAUUAGGUACAUUUUAAAGAACAUCUCAACUUUAGAUGUUCUUUGGAAGUCGAUAUUACUAAGCCGUGUGAAUCCCUGUUUGCUUCAGGGCGAGAUGUGUGACAGAGGUGGCAUCGAACUCUUACAAUCCACGAAGGCAAAUGGGGUGAAGAUCACUGGAAUGGCAUCCACCACUGGAGCUCGCUUAGUGGCUGGCUGCUAGCGUUGCCACUUUGGGUCUUAUAGGCACAGAUAGCCUUGGAUGAGACCAAGUCCAUAAGUUCCAAUGGCCAUGAAGACCGGAGCAAGAAGAAAAAGAAGAGCAGGAGUCGUAGCAGGAGUAGGGAGCGAAAGAGAAGCAAGAGUCGUAGCAGGAGUAGGGAGCGAAAGAGAAGCAAGAGUCGGGAACGUAAAAGGACCCGAAGCCGGGACAGGAGUCGGGAGCGUAAGAGGAGCCGGAGCCGCGACAAGAGACGCAGUCGGAGCAAGGAAAGACGCCGCAGCCGUUCAAGGAGCAGAGAGCGUGGAGGCCGCUUCAGAGUGUCCUUUUCUGGCCUGAAAUUUAACGGUGGUUCCAGGGGGAAGACUGGCCCACCACCUGCCAUCAAACUAAGCCGUAAAAGGUCAAGAAGCCGCAGCCCUUUCAGAAGAGACAAAAGCCCUAUCAGACAACCCAUAGAUAACCUUACACCAGAGGAGAGGGAUGCACGCACAGUUUUCUGCAUGCAGCUUGCUGCCAGAAUCCGGCCACGGGACCUGGAAGAGUUCUUCUCUGCUGUGGGAAAAGUAAGGGAUGUGAGGAUGAUCUCUGACAGGAACUCCAGGAGAUCCAAAGGCAUUGCUUACAUUGAAUUUGUGGAAGCCACCUCUGUGCCUCUGGCAAUUGGCCUGUCUGGACAAAGGCUGCUAGGUGUACCAAUCAUUGUUCAGGCCUCACAGGCUGAAAAGAACAGAGCAGCUGCAACGGCAAACAACCUGCAGAAAGGCAGUGCUGGGCCUAUGAGGCUUUAUGUUGGCUCACUUCACUUCAAUAUCACGGAGGACAUGCUCAGAGGAAUCUUUGAACCAUUUGGACGGAUUGAUAGUAUUCAGCUUAUGAUGGAUACUGAAACAGGGCGAUCCAAAGGAUAUGGCUUUAUCACAUUUGCUGAUGCUGAAUGUGCUAAGAAAGCCUUGGAGCAGCUAAAUGGCUUUGAGCUGGCUGGCAGGCCAAUGAAAGUGGGUCAUGUGACUGAGCGCACCGAUGCCUCCACAGCAAGCUCCUUCCUGGAUAAUGAUGAAUUGGAGAGGACUGGCAUUGACCUGGGCACUACAGGAAGGCUGCAGCUCAUGGCCAGGCUGGCUGAAGGUACUGGUCUGCAGAUCCCUCCAGCUGCGCAGCAGGCUCUUCAGAUGAGUGGCUCCAUGGUUGCAAUGGCAGCAGCUACAGCGGCUAUGAAUCCUGGAUUAAGUUUCAAUAUCAGCAUGCCCACAAACCAAGCUUUAAAUCUACCCUCUCAGCCUAUUGCCACACACUGCUUCCAGCUUUCUAACAUGUUUGAUCCACACUCGGAGAAUGAUCCUGGAUGGGAUAUUGAAAUUCAAGAUGAUGUCAUUGAAGAAUGUAACAAACAUGGCGGCGUUAUUCAUAUAUAUGUGGACAAGAAAUCUACUGAGGGGAAUGUAUAUGUGAAGUGUCCAACCAUCCCUGCUGCAAUGGCUGCAGUAAGUGCAUUACAUGGACGUUGGUUUGGAGGUAAAAUGAUCAAAGCAGCAUAUGUCCCCCUGCCAACAUACCACAAUCUGUUUCCUGAGUCAGUGCAAGCAACGCAGCUUCUUAUGCCUACUCGCCGGUGAUCUCUUACCUCUGGGGAUUAUCAUUUUUCAGCCUUUCUCUUUUUAACAUUUUUGGGUAAAAUAUUCGUAUUGAAAUUCUGCAAGCUAUGACAGUUCCUUUUUCUUUUUUUUUGUUUCUGUUUAAUUGAUUUAAGAGGUUCAAGGUUCAUGUUCAUAUGCCCUUCACAUUACUUGGGCAUUUAAAGAAGGUUCUGUGGUAGUUUUGUAUGUACAGCCUUUUUUCUUCCUGUUUUCUUUAGGCCUCUUGACCUUUUAUUGUUGAUACAAUUUUCAGGUUUUUAUUUUUAUUUCUUCAACAUAUAUUGUCUUUGUGAUUGGCAUGAAUUCCACUUUAGAAAAUGUACAGUUAGCCACACACAAAAUGAAAAUGUUGCAUUUUUUUGAAUUAAUUAAACCCUACAGUUUUGGUUAAAUAUCUACAUAUUCAGUGUUUUGGGCUCUAUGAGCUGUGGGAACUAAAUGGGUGAUGAGAGCCUUUGUUCAUAGAGACUAUAUGGUUUCAAAGCAUCCUGUUUUUCUAAUCAAGAUUUGAUUUUGUAAAGUCCUUGAUGAACAGUUCAUUUCAAAUAAAGCCAUGAUACUGGCAAA